AAGUAAGAUAUCAUCUUGAUUAUAUGUCGUAGCUGACAUAUGAAUACAUCAUAGGGAUAUAUUCGAAUAAGGGAUGCAGAAAAGAGUGAUUCGGGUGUAUUGCUAAUGACAGGUGGUGUCCAUUUUCUUAACAACGGAUCCUUAUAUUUGAUGGCUGUUCCAAAUGGGUUAUCUAUUCCGCUAGAAGACUUGCUGAAUAUGCUGCAGUCAAAUGCAUCAUUUGUUGACACUAGAAAAGUACUUGUUGAACAAAUUGAUAAGAAAAUAGAAGAGUUGGAUAGAAGCCCUUACUGGGAUUGGGAGGUCAAUGAUGAAUCAGCCUAUCCCCCUUCAUUUUACUGUCAGUUUCAAAUGUUUGCUCAAUUGAACCCAGUUCCCAAAGAGAUCACACAGUCUGACUUGCUGGAUUACGAAAAAGAAUUGGCGGAUCCUCAAGGCAUAUCAACUGUCAAGCCUCCACCUCCCUUGUUAUCAGCUGAACUAUACUCACCCAACUGUCAACUGCUGCUGUCGAUUGAUAAAGAGCCAGGAAUCAAGAUUGAAAAGUAUUAUAGGAAAGCAGUUGCCUAUGCAGGCAUGGCAACGGCUAUUGCCAUCAUACAAAUAUUUGCUCUUAUCCACCAGAUGGAAUUCACGCCCACACCAUCUAGUGUUUCAAAUGUAUCUUACUGGACCAUUGCCAUACAAGCUGUUAUGGAUGGAUAUCUUUGCUUACUUCAUCUAACGACAGGCGUAGUGAUCGAAAAUGUGUUCAUCCCCUUUGCAACUGCAGCCUUUUUUACUUUUAUUCUAGUUUCCAUUUUUGGUAUGCGAUAUUUACUUGUCGUUUGGAGAAUACAGCGACCGGAAUCGAUACGGCCAACUGUCUCCGAACAACAGCAACAGCAACAACAACAACAACAGGAAGAAAGUACAGAUGCUUCAGAAAAUACAUUACCAACAGCCAACAUAAGAAGACCGCCGACGACAACAACAGAAGAAGUGAGUCCUUAUAGAGAAGUAACCUAUCUCUAUUAUAGGCUAUAUGCCAUUUUACUACUCGGAUUAUUCUUAUUUUAUCAAUCCAUCACGAGAUCUGCAUUCAUCCAAAACGUCAUUUUAGGAACACUUGGCAUAUUUCUUUAUUCCUUUUGGGUACCUCAGAUUGUUAGGAACAUCUGGAGGGGAUGCAGACGGCCCCUAAGCCACACGUAUAUUCUGGUCAUGAGUAUCACUCGGUUAUCAAUACCAUUAUAUUUCUAUGGAUGUCCUACCAACCUAAUCGGCCAUGAAACAUCAUCAUGGAUAUGGGCUAUUGUAGCCUAUGUGGGUUUACAAGUAGUGAUUUUACUUCUUCAAGAUGCAUUUGGUCCCAGAUUAUUUGUACCAUCCAGAUAUUUACCGGAUACAUAUGACUAUCAUCCUAUCUUGACGACAAAUAUAGAUGAGGAAACGGUACAACAGGAAAUAGGUCAACCAAAGGACUGUGCAAUCUGUAUGCUUCCUGUGGAUGUAGCUAACCAUGGUCACUCUGGACUCAAUGUCUUGACUCGAGCAAACUACAUGAUGACACCUUGCCAUCACUUAUUUCAUACUGAAUGCUUAGAGAGGUGGAUGAGAAUUAAAUUAGAAUGCCCUGUCUGUAGAGCAUAUCUUCCAGCAUGCUAGUAGAACCAUCAUUUUUUUAGCACAUUUCAUUUAGCACACACACACACACAUUAUAAACAUACAGUGGUUCCACUGUCAUUUGGGCUCGAAAAAG